AUGUCCACGCCGUACGAKAUCCGCACAAACGACAACGGCAAAUCCAAAAAGCAAUCAAUGGCCGAACUGAAGCUUAGACGGCUUACGGAGCUCAAUCAGAGACUGCAGGAGGACCUCAACCGCAGACGGAUACCCGUGUCAGAGGCGGCGAUGGACUUGAUCGCAUUCACAGACAAGGAGCCAAAGGACUUCAUGGUACCUAGUCGCUGGGGCACAAUCGACAAACGCGAAGAUCCAUAUGCACCGCAGCAAUCGAACGGCUGCUGCGCGGUCAUGUAG